ACCGGAGCGAGUCUGUGUUAGUAAAUACGAGCGUGUUCAAGCGUGAAGACGGAAUAAAACAACACUGACACAAUAAACGGAAUAAAAACAGCACUCGGCAGACACAUUCGCGCACUGGCGGGCAGUUUCGGUGACUCCUCUGAUGGAGGAUGAGGAGGACGAACACCUUCUUCUCUGCUGUGAAACGCCAUUAAGAAACAAGAGCCCAGAGAACAGAGACGCCUCGCGUCGACAGUCAACUAACCGACACGGACAUUUUGAAAACAGAUCAACUCAAACUGCGACCUCUGUCCAGAACUCAGGGAGAGCUGGAGAUAUGGCACCAUUCCAGAGGUCUGUAGCGGAGACAUCAUCAACUCCCUGUGGAAAUGUGAAUGCCAGGAGUGCAUUCAGGGCUAAUUGUGGAACUGGGGGCCUUGCGUCAAUUACUGCAGCCCCAGGGGCUCCUGAAGAGCCAAGAGCACUUUUUCAUGGAAAUGCUGGUUUUCGUGCCCACUUCCCUGCCCUGUUUGAACACGACCCGGAUGGCGCACCAAACACAGAACGCAGAGCGGUGGAUGAAAUGAGGCAAGAAGAGAAAGAAGAUGAAUGCGUGGAGGGAAUUAGCGUGGAAAUUCAGAUUGGACGUAAAUUACGAGAAAUGGGUGAUCAGUUUCAGCAGGAUCAUCUUCAGCUGUUUACUCAACACCACAGGGGCCAGUUGGGUUGGUUCCACCUAGUGACUUCACUGUACAACUUCCUAUUUCCACAAGGAGGGCCCCUAAAUGCAAGAGCCCAGAGAUGAGGGGGCCACAGCACCGGUUCAGGACACAAAUGAGUUUCACGCAGCACUGCCAGCUAUGGACUUUGCACAGAUAUGGAUUAUAUGGCUCAAAAACAGUUUAAAUAAGAAGCGAGUUGCUGCUGGCUGGAGACUUCCCUCCUUUUUCAAAGAAGCCAUUCUCAAAAUGGAGCAUUGAAGAAAAUUAGAUCGAUUCUGCAGGUUGCAUAUCAAUAUUUAGAUAUUCAUAUUUCUGCCUUAUAUUUCCCCAGCACAUCGUCACGUAUGAGCAAAUCUCAGCGCAGUGGAUGCCUUAAUGAAACUCUCAGAAGAAAGAAGAUCUGCUUUAACAGGCAAUGAGCUUUGAGAGUACCGACGAGGUCCACAGUAAUGUGUGUGUUUGAGUAUUUGUGCUGAAAUUACUACACAUAAUGCACUCUUGAGCUGUUUGAUUCCAGUCAACGUGGCGGUUAUCACUGUUAUUGGGACAGAGUUGAAGCACUUUCCUCAUCAACGGAGGCCUGUUGUCGUUAUCAAGGCGUUUGGUCAUCCAUACGCAUGCUUCGUAAAGGACUGAUGCACAGAACUUAAAACAAUGACAUAUUUGUUGAAAUACAGACAAAAACUUGAAGAUCGGGUUUUACUAUAAUCAAUAUUGAGCCAUUUCUUAAAGUGUUUGCGUUAAAGAGAAAUAUGAAUUUUCUGAUAUAAACAUGUUGGAUUUGCAGAAGAUAAUGUUUUCUUGUUAAGAGAGAAUGUUACACAAAUUAUUCAAUUCACAGCUGAAAAACUUUUGAAAUAUCAAUUUGCCCUAAUGCAUUUCUUGUUCUCUUAAAGGCCCCAUGAAAUCCCUUGACGAGAAUUUCAUUCUAAGACUCAAAGUCCAUGAGUGCAAGAUGAGUCAAUCAAUAUUUUCGCAGAAAAGAAAUGCUGUAAUUUCUGCGUUUAAUGUGUACACCUACUGAAAGUUUAUUAUAAGUCAACCUUUAGGAGUACACUAGCUUCUAAAUGAUGUCGAAGCCAUACAAAUUCCAAACUUGACUGUAUUUCUGUCUCAUAUUACAAACCUUUGAUAUCAAUAUAAAUGACUUAAUGAAAAUUGCUAAUAUAAUUUCUCUCAGGCACUGAGAUAUUAGUUUAAUCUUUUACAGUUUAACCCAAGCGAUAAAUGCAAUCACAAAUAUCUGUCAAAUCUGCAAAGAUUACAAGUUAUUUUUUCCUUUAAUGACAACCUAAAGUUGUAUAUGUUUGUAUAUAGCAAUCGCUGAUUAUUACAAAGAGGAUUUUAUAAAUGUAAAGGUCUUAGAGGGAAAGUGUCCUCGUACAGAAGGCAUAAAUAUGCUUAUCUGAUGAGGACGAUAAUGAACUCUGAUGUAGAUUUCAGAGCACUCAGUGAGAUGGCCCAGUGACUGGCACAUGAUCUGGUGUUGAUGUUAAUAUUUUAGUUUGUAUAUGAUUAAUGAUAAACUGGGAGACUAUUUAUUUUCCAUAUAUAUCUUUAACACAUAUGUUAAAGGUUACUUAUUAUAAACAUGAGAUUACUAACACUUUAAGUUACUAAAAUAUAUAUUAAAUUCCUAGUUUCUUAAAGGUGAAGCGUGUAAUUUCUGGGUCUCUAUAGCAACCCCAAACGGAAUGGCCAAAAUAAGUACAUAGGUAAAAUUUGUCAGACAAAUGUUGAUGUUAGCUUGACAAAGCUCUAUCUGAAAGUUUGAAACAAAUUUUGAAAUACUGAAGCUUGAUGGUUAUACAAACAUUACAAUAGGCGAAAUGGCCAGCUAGCUAGCUAAAUUAUCAGACAGACAGUCAACAUCGAUUAUCAGAUAAACCAAUAGAUAGAUAGAUAGGGAGCAACUUAAAGCAGAUCAAAGGCCUAUUGUUUACAUUUGAAAUUUUUGACAUUCCGUUGAUUCGUUUGAACAUUCCGUCAAUGUAAGUCUUUGGGAUGUUUCCGAUAUUUGAUUGUCUGCUGUUCGACAGCCGUAAGUCCGAUCAGUUAGAAAAGACAGAGCACACUAUGCCAGAACAGUCUGAAGGUCUGUACCAAGUUUGGUGGAUGUAGCUUGAAAGUUCUAGGAUGACUUAAUGUUAGAAAUUUGUCAAGCCAACAUCAUGAUUGACACUUCCCCUGACUAACAUUGAUCAGAUAAACAGAUAGUCCUGCCCUAAACACACCACCGGUUGAGCCCAUGUUACUUUGUCAGGCUGGUCGGGUAGAUCCACAGUGUUUACACACUUCACCUUUAAAUGCUUUCUUUGUGGUACAAUCAAAUGAGGUGCCUGUACUUUGCAGUUUACAACUUUAUAUAGUUUGCUUGUGCAUUAUCAACAUAAAGAGAAGUUUAUGACAUUUUAAUGUUGUCUAUCAUUCCAGCAUAAUGCGAAACCUUCAAAUCAUGUCUUAAUUUCCUCUGCAACUAUUUCAAGACCAUGUUGUUUCCUGAAAACACAUUCCACAGAGGUGAAUUCCAGUGCUGUGACAUUAUUGUCCUGUUGUUCUUUUGACAGGUGUGCCUGUUAUGCUUGUGUAUUGGUGACAUUGACACUUGCAGACAAUCAAACAGCUGAAGGUGCCUUAGAACAGCAGGCCAACAAAGAUUUCAUAUAACCAUUACACUGGGCUUCGGUUAUCAUGAGUAGGCCUACUCAAAUAGAUCCAAAUUUUGCAAAUACAAAAAUACCUCCAGCUAAAAAACAGGGAGCUUGAACAGACUAUCAAAGAUUUACGUGCCAACAGAACAGUUCUUUUGCAGGAAAAAAGCUGCUGCUGCCUCUUUAUCUGAAAUGCCCUUUCAAAUGCACUUGUCUCAUAAAAAUGUGUCAAAGGAGUAAAAACACGGAGCUGUUUUUAUUUUUAUUUGGAGUGUGUACGGGACAUUCCUGCUGGUUCUUUUUUAAUCUUGCUAUUUAAAAUAAUUUGAUAAAUGCACAAUUAUCAUAGUAAAUGCUGUUAUAAAUAUGUAAUUUCUUUUCCAUAAAUGCUGUUAUACAAGUGCUGACACUUUUCUGCAAUGUUCACUGCAUUAAAAUAUUUAUGGAUACUCAUUUGAGAGCAUGAUUCUUGAUUUUUUAUUUCGGACUGUUUUUUAUU